GAAAUAGUAAAAUAUAUUAUAAAUUUCCACAUCAUUAAAAAAUAAACACAAUUGCAAUAAUAUUUCACACAAUUUCAUUGAUAAUUUUCUUUCUAGUUUUUAUUUUGGUUUUUCCAAAAUUUGAAUUCAAUCUCCUGCCUCUCAAGCUAAUCACCCAGUCUAUUGGCUCCCAAACAUUUAUUGCUGGAGAAAUACAGAAUAGAGAGUAAGUAAAUAAACAGUAAAAGACAAGUGAUUCUUGAGUGCAGAUGAAAAAAACAAAAACAAUUUAAAAAUUGAAAAUUGAUUAGCACACGAUCAACGAACUUUCAAUAUGGUAAUCGAAAUGGUAUUUUGGCCAACAAAAGAGAUCAGUAACGGUAAAACUAUAGAGCGAAAUAGAUGGAAAAAAUCGGCUAAAAUAAAUAACAAAAUUAUUCGAACGAAUUGUAUUGAACUGGAAACGGCUCCUGGAAAUUAAUUAUUUGCUAAAUAAACAAAAAAAAUAUAUAUUUUUGUUGUUGAUUGUUUUGGUGUUGUUUUAAUUUCAAUAUUUAUUUAAAAUAAUUGAAAAUGAUGAGUGUUGGCUAUUUGUGUUUUAUGAUUUAAUUUCCAAAACAACAUAAAAAGGAAUUUUAAAUGAACAAAUUUUAAGAAAAAAUUUAAAUUUUAUAAAUUAAUAUUAAUUAAAAGAAAUAGAUUUUCGCCAUCAUGGAAAAUGUUAGAUUUUCUAUUAUUGAGAACGAUUUAAAACGUAAUUCCGAGAGUGGCAUUGACAAUGAGGUAUUCUACGAUAGGCGCAGCAUUUCGAGUGAAAGUAAUAGCGAUGCUUUAUUCAGCAAUGAAACGCAUGAAAUUUUCGUGACACAACAACAAAAUAAAGUAUUAUGGGAUAGUAUGGAGAUCGAAGAUACUUUAGCUGAGGCAAAUAAUGCCACUGAAGUUCUUCAUAUGGUUAAGACGGGUACAUUUACAGAUCUUGAACCCGCCUCUAGUGAUGCCCAUUUGGCUUUAAUAUAUUGUUCUAUAUAUGGUUGUGUGGAACAUGUCAGCUAUUUACUCGAUCAUUGUGGCAGUGAUCCCAACUGUUCUGAUCCGCGUGGUAGGACACCUUUACAUUUUGCUUGCUGUCGUGGUAAUGCUCAUAUCGCAAAAGUAUUGCUGGAUCGUGGUGCUGAUCCCAACCGCUGGGAUGGUGAGAAGGAAGUGACACCUCUUCACUGUGCGGCAAGUGCUAGAAGUGUUGAAUGUAUACUACUCUUACUUAAGCGUAAAGCCCAUAUAAAUAUUGGCCUUGAAAAUCGUUCGGCCUUACAUGUUGCCAUUGAUCACAAUGCCAUUGAAUGUGUUGAGACUCUAUUGAAAUAUGGAGCUGAUCCGAAUACGCCACAAGUCUAUACGGAAACUCCAUUGCAUACGGCUUGUGCUCUCGGUUAUACGAAAUGUGUGGAACUUUUAUUGAGUCAUGGUGCCGAUGUACGUUCUCAAUUCGGAGAGGGUAAAUUGACAGCAUUGCAUUUGGCUGCUGAAAAUGAUUAUGUAGAAUGUGUACGUCUGCUAUUGGAACAUGGUGCUGAGGUGGAUUGUCGCAAUGCUAGUCACCAGACACCACUACAUUUAGCCUGUCUCUCUCAAUCAAUGGAAACUUUAGAACUUUUAAUAAGAAAUGGAGCAAAUGUUAAUGCGGUAUAUCGUGAUGGUAGAACUGCCUUACAUGCAGCCAUAGUUAAACAAUCACGAUCGUUGGACUGUUGUAAUGCUUUGCUAAAAGCGGGAGCAAAUGUCAAUAAGGCUGAUGAUUAUGGUUAUACGCCAUUACAUACGGCAGCCUUAAAUGAGUUUAGUAAUUGUGUUUAUACUUUUAUAGAACAUGGUGCCGAUAUAACCGCUCGUACUGCUGGCAAUGUUUCGGCUUUGUCAUUUAUUGUGCGUCGUACACCCGAAAUUAUACCCAAACUAAUGGCAAAAUUCGAUGCAUCAAUUAAGGUGAAUGAUCAUGAAAUUGGUGAUGUGGAUUGUGAGAUUAUAUUGGAUUUUCGUUUGUUGGUACCACCAGGAGCUUUAGAACGUGGUGAAACCGUCUUACUUUUGUCCCUUAUCGAAGUGGGUCAAAAGAGAAUUAUAAUGCAUCCUUUGUGCGAGACAUUUCUUUUCUUAAAAUGGCGUCGAAUACGUAAAUUUUUUCUAAUGUCAUUGCUUUACCAUGCAAUUUAUGUUAUACUCUUUACUUUAUAUAUUGUGGGCGUCUAUGCCCACAGCUGUGAAAAGGAUAAGAAAUGUGAGGGACGCAGUUAUAUUCCUACGGUGGGAUAUUUUGUUAUUAUUUUAAAUUUAAUUAUAUUGGGUAAAGAACUGUUUCAGAUGGCUCAUGGACUAAAGGGAUAUGCGAAAUAUUGGGAAAAUUGGCUGCAGUGGGCAAUUAUAUUUGGUGUGUUAAUGUGUGUGACUCCCGAAAUUUUGAAAAUUGAUGAACUGCAGGAAGUGCCCGUAUGGCAGCAUCAUGUGGCCGCUGUUGUAGUGCUUUUGGUAUGGGUGGAGUUAAUGAUGCUAGUGGGACGUUUUCCUAUAUUUGGUGUUUAUGUACAAAUGUUUACCAAAGUGGCUGUAAAUUUCGGAAAAUUCCUCUUGGCCUAUAUUUGUUUACUAAUGGCGUUUGGUUUAAGUUUUUCAGUAUUAUUUAAUGAUUACAAGGCGUUUGAAAGUAUUACAUGGUCGCUUUUAAAAGCCAUUACCAUGAUGUCGGGUGAAUUAGAAUUUGAAGAUAUAUUUUAUGGUGAUGUGGAGGUUAAGUAUCCUGUUACUUCCCAUUUUAUAUUUCUCAGUUUUGUACUUUUAGUUACGGUAAUCUUAACAAAUCUAAUGGUGGGUUUAGCUGUUAGCGAUAUACAGGGUUUACAAGUUUCUGCGACGCUAGAUCGUUUGGUGCGUCAAGCGGAAUUAGUAUCACGUUUGGAAAGUUUAUUUUUCUCACGUUUACUGCGCGGAGCUCCUACCAAACUAUUAAAACUUUGUAAACGUAGUGCUCUACUCAGAACAUCACGCAAUAAAUUAAUGUUUAUCAUAAGACCCAAUGAUCCGAGAGAUAAUCAAUUGCCCGAAGAUAUAAAACUUAAUAUUUAUAAAUUAGUAGCCGAACGUAGAGAUCGUAAUAUAAGCAUACGUAGACGUAAAUUUGAGAGUAAUUAUUCAAUGUUUCAAAGAUCUUUACAACGUCAAAAUACUCCCAUACGUAAGGAACAUACUCCAUUGCGUAAUAAUGCCAAAGAUUUAUAUGACAAGAAAGAUGCACAAAGAGGUGAAAAUGAACAGUUGCUAAGACCACGUUCUGCUACUAAUGUACCUAAUGUUUUAGCUGGAGAAUCGGAUUUAGCGGUUAAAUUAAAAAGUCAUGUUAAUAGUAUAUCUGAUCUUAGAUCUGAAAUACAAUUACUUAAAACACAAAUUUGUGAUAUGACCGAUAAAUUUGAUAAAUUUAUGGAUUGUACAGCGAAAAAAUUAAAUUUUACCGUUGAAGAAUUGUGUCGCAUUAAAAUGUUAAUGGAUCAAAAAUCUAGCAUGAGACCUGAGAAAAUAUUUAAAGUUUAAUUUAAUAGAAAACUAAAAAAGUAUAAACAUAAAGUGCCUUAAAUGUUUAA